AUGUCUUUCAACAACCUUGCAUUCAAUGUGUCCAAAUCCACUCCCACAACUUCAACUAGCAACACAAAUACCACGUUUUCCAAGGCAACCAUCUCAUCACCCAAGGAAAACUCGACCGAAUCGCCUACCAUGCAGUCUUCCUCUUUGGCCGGCAGUAAGAAAGAUUUUGCGGGACUUCCGGCACUGGCAGCAGACACAAGAUUCAGUCAUCAGAAAUUGCCAUUUGCAAAGCACCUGCAUUCGCAACCCACAACGGCUCACAGUGAAAUAGAGAAUCACAAUGUUGACAACUUGCCAUUUAAAGGGUCCCCAUCGAGCUCGAAAUUAGGUCUUAGUCCCACACUUACAGCACCAGCUGUGGUCACAAUAGAUAAUAAGACGAAAGAUGUUCAAACGACGGGAAAUUCUAAAACUGACUUGAUUGGGUUAUUUGACAAAUUCGACAUCAAAGCUGAGCGAGGUAUCCAUACGAGUGAGACAAGUGAAUCUAAGACGUCCGAAGAUUUGAUUAGCUUAGGCGGAGGAGAGGCUACCUUAGAGAAGCGGACUAUUGAAGAAGAGCCUGAAAGUACCGAACACAAACUUGAGAAGAUGGAGCUGGCGGAUGAAGGUGACACUACUAAAGACUCAUCUUUUAUAACUGAAAAGCCGAAGUUCACGGUGGAAAAGAUAAACAAUACAGCGCAUUUACUCAUGACUAUACAACCUUAUAGCCCACCGGAUGAGUCAUCACUGUCAACCAUUGAGAAAGAGAUAGAGGACCAACAGCAAGUACCAGAGAGAACUGAGCUGUCGAGUAGAAUGAUGGACCCUAAGCCCACCGCAAAAGAAGCAGACGGCCAAAGUGAUGUGAACGACAUAGAUGAAGCGCAUGUUCAACUGAAGCAAAGUAGCGACGUUGGUGAGGACAGAUUUGCUCGUGAGGAUCAUUCCUUGGGACUGACAACACCCACUACAGAACAUGAAAAUAGCCAGCUUGAGCUUGAUGUUGACUCUCGAGACAGUCAAUCAACCCAUUAUGAAGAGAGGAAUCUUAAUAACGAUAAGCCAGUUAAUGAAUCUGUUCUGGUUUCAUCCUCUACGUCGCAGGUACCAUCGCUCAUCACGUCGCCAUCAAAGACACCUUUAGGAGACAUAACUGGAAACGAAACUGAGUAUAAGGGGAUAGACGACAUCAAAAUCGACACUAAAGACCUCGAGUCAUCUCGACCUGAAAGUCCUGUUGGAAAAACUCACUUGAAUAUAAAAUACAAGGUGAACCCUACAGAACAACACCAGGAGUCUCACAAGGCAUUUGAUUUUCAAACGUUUUUGCUUCAAAUACGGAAAAAGUCGGCGGAUCCCAUCGUUCGAUACUUGAGAUCUUUUCUUGGAUCUUAUAUUAAGCAAGUGAAUACAUUCUCUGCUGAGCAGAGGAUCUCCAUAAUAGAGGAUUUCAAAAGCUUCAUCAAUGAAAAGUUUAAGCUCUAUGAACCAUUUGCGUCAAUGGACAAUAUAGACUUGGAGAACUCGCGCGAAGGUUUGGAGAAGCUAUUGAUGAAUCGACUCUAUGAUUUAUGUUUUCCUCCUGAAGUUUUGAAAAAUGUGUCUCCCAUAUAUAUUCCGGGCCCGUACACUGACGAUUUGAUUCAGGACAAGAAUUUUUCGUUGCAGUUGGAAAAAUACAGCUGGAUAAAUGGCUUACAUUUCGAUAUCGACAUGACUCAUUUGAGCUCAGUGAGCUUGAAAGAUGGACAAGACUUUUUGGACUAUGCGACUACAGAAUUGAACAAAAUCAACAAUUACCGUGCUCCUAGGGAUAAAAUCAUUUGUAUUUUGAAUUCUUGCAAGAUCAUCUUUAGUUAUUUGAAAAUAAGUCAUAAAGAGACCAAUGCGGACUCAUUCAUUCCGUUAUUGAUCCUAGUCAUUAUAAAGGCAAAAACAGAACAUUUGAUUAGCAACAUUCAUUACAUCCAAAGCUUUAGAAGCAAGGAAUGGCUUUCGCACGGGGAAACGAGCUACUACCUUUCUUCUAUAGAGGGUGCUAUCAGCUUCAUUCAAAACAUGACCAAAGAUGAUUUAACAAUCACCCAAGAAGAGUACGAUGCACAUAUGGAAGCAUGGGAAGCUCAGAAUAAGCUCAAGGAAAAACAAGAGAGGGAAGAAUUGGAAAGACUUCAACAGAUUGAAUUGAAGCGUCAAGAAUUGCUACGUCAGCGUGAAGAACCUGAACGAAAACCACCCACUCCGAAACGUAAACUUUCACAACCUCAGCCGCACCGUGCCCAGUCGGGAUCUUUGGAGGUUGAUGAAACAUUGCAAGUUGGCACUAACUUGUCUCCUUCAAAUGUUAUAUUCUCGAGUGCUGAAAUGUUGACCAAAUCGAUCUCUCAGUUUUUAUCACCACUGCCACAACAAGACGCUAACAACAAAUCAAACCUUCUGGACAGAGGAAGCGACAAUAGACCACUUGUUAGCUCCCCUCCUCCUCCUGCAUUACCACCCAGGAAAUCGCUGCGCUCUUUGUCUCGUGCGGUGACAGCUGGGGAUCACGACAAUAGCCAGUACCAGCCUGAAGCUCCCACUGAAGACGAGAUUGACUCGGAGCAGAUGAAGGCGGCGUAUGACAUUCUCAAGGACGUUUUCCCGACUUUGGACACUAAUAUUUUGAAGGACAUAAUCUUUCUACACAAAGGUGACGUUGAAGUGUGUAUUGAUGCUUGCCUUCCAUUGGUAGAAGAUGAAUAG